CAGCUGUCCCGUCGCCACUGACAUGACAACGCCGAGCCGAAAGAGCAGGAUCAAAGGGCACCGACCUGCAGCCGGACGCGUGGACUCGAAAAGGAAGGGGGCGACGGACUCGAAGCGAGGCAGCAGCAGCCCGAAGAAUGCCGAAUUGCAGUUUCUAGGGAUAAGCACCAAGGGCAGUGCGGCACUUAACAGUCAUAUCGGGGGAAGGUGGUGGGGGAGCUGUUCAGUGUACCUUCCCCCCACUCUUCGUUCUGCUCCUACCUUGUCCUUUACGUUCCAUUUUCCCGGCGCGAAAAAAUGCUUGAAAACAACUGCAGUAUUGAUUUGAUUUCGAAUGUUGGUUCUGUGUUUAUAUUCAAAAUGAUUAACCUAUUUCGUUUUCUUAAGCCGUUUGACUGCAUCAGUGAUGGGCAAUUGAAAUCUUAAUCUUGAUUUACAAACUCGCUGGAAUCCGAGAGGGACUGAUGUACAUACUGGUCAGGUAUCAUCUCCUUCCUCCGUCUCUUGUUCUGCUUACUCUGCUACUUGCCAGCACCAUGGGCUGUAUCCAGAGCAUCGCCUGCAAGCCGCGCAUUAGAAGGGAGAACAUUGUAGUCUACGAGGUAUCGGCCUCCAUUGACCAGUGCCCAACGGUGAUAGAGGAGAACUCGCCCAUAGUGCUGCGGUAUAAGACACCAUAUUUCAGGGCCUCAGCCGGGAUCGUAAUGCCUCCGGUGCCCCGCAAUGAAACCUGGGUGGUGGGUUGGAUCCAGGCUUGUACUCAAAUGGAGUUCUACAAUACUUAUGGUGACAUUGGCAUGUCCAGCUGGGAGUUACCGGAGCUCCGCGAGGGCCGGGUCAAGGCCAUCAGCGACUCGGACGGGGUCAGCUACCCCUGGUACGGCAAUACCACCGAGACUGUCACCCUCACGGGCCCCACGUCCAAGCCGUCGCGCCUCACGGUCAGCAUGAACGACAACUUCUACCCCAGUGUGACCUGGGCCGUGCCCAUCAGCAACAGCAACACAGCCAUGCUGUCACACAUCACCCGAGACCAGAGCUUCAUCACCUGGCUGGUUGCCAUCAACUCUGUCACCAAGGAGCGCAUUGUGCUGCAGACGGUGCGGUGGCGGAUGCGGGUGGACAUCGCCGUGGACCCUGACAUGCCCCUUGGCUCCCGGGCCUCCCUAGUGGGCCGUCCUCACCAGGAGCAGCCCCACAUCCUCAACUAUCAGGAGCCAAUCCUCUCCAACGCCCUGGGACGACCUAAUGCCAACGACGCCCAAGUGCUGAUGUGGAGGCCCCGCAGAGGGGCGCCCCUAGUGGUCAUACCGCCCAAAUAAGGUCGAAAAGACUGAGAAAAAAGAGAUGUGAUUGGUUUACGGUAAUGAGGAAGUGUGGACCAUCGCAAAGCAGGGAAAUUAUGAGUUAUCUUGCCAAGAUGUCAGCUCUUCACUCAUACCUACUACUGUCAGGGUUCAAUGGAUGAUAAGAAAUUGUGAAACAGUAUAGGUAUUUUCUCUUGACUGGACUGCAUUGGAAUUGGCACAGCGGAAAUUUACAGAGCUAGACUGGUUUUAGGUGCAGGCUCAAAACUGCAUCAGCGUUUGAUUAAGUUGGACUGUUUUUGGACGGCCACAGUCCUGAAUUAGAGUUGUAUCCAUUGGACAGAAAGGGACAGAGCUAUUGAAGUUUCAUUGAGGUGGACUGGACACAGAACUGCAUCCUACUGUAGAUCUUAUUGCAUGAGAAAGAAAACGGUCUAUGACUGGAAUAAGAAUACCAUUUUAUAUAAGCUCAUCACAUUAAGGAUAUUGAAUGGAACUUCUUACAUUGGCCAUGAAAUCCUGCAAGCUGGAAAAUCUCCUCAGUGCCAAUUAUGGAUAUAACAGCCUUUAACGCUCAUACAACAUUUUAAGAACACAUCGUUAGAUUUAAUUAUGAGUCAAAUCAUAUUAUAUAAAUCUUCUGUUAGUUUAAGAUUAACUCAUAUCAAUCAGAUUGUAUUAAGAACACCGACUUGGCAUAAAGUUCUACAAAGAAAUGGGCUGAUUGUAGUCUUACUGAAACACGCCAUGUUUCUCCAUUCAAAUAGAAACAUAGAACAUGGACGGGUUAAAGGUGUGGGUUUUCUCGUGUCAGUUGAGUAUCUACACGUACAAACAUGAAUGUCCAAGUCUAAGUCCAACCCUUGCCACUACCCAUAUUGCUUAUCUUUACAAUCCAUUCCGAUACACUCAAAGUGUCUUGGGUGAGGGGAUAGGGGUUUAUUUGGGAUUGGGCCAUAGUCCCACAGUACACUAUUAAUGCAGUGGUCUGGGCUGGUAUUGGGUUUAUUCAGAGGUGUCCCUAUCAUAUUACACAAUGUCACAUGAUUCAUUCUCCAUCUAUGCUCCUCACCAGGUUCAGUCCACACCUUCCCAUCUGUCUGUCCAUCUAUUUCUCUCCCUCCCAUCACUCCAUCAUUCUCUCUCCUCUCCACAUGUCACAAUCCCUGAAUUUCUCUCCACUCCAAGACUAUGCAAACACAGUGGGACUGUUGAGUGAGAUAAAAAAGUACCAGUCUAAAGUUUGGACACACCUAAUCAUUCCAGGGUUUUUCUUUAUUUUUUACUAUUUUCUACAUUGCAGAAUAAUAGUGAAGACAUCAAAACUAUGAAAUAACACAUGGAAUCAUGUAGUAACCAAGAAAGUGUUAAACAAAUCCAAAUAUAUUUGAGAUUCUUUGAAGUAGCCACCCUUUGCCUUGAUGACAGCUUUGCACACUCUUGGCAUUCUCUCAACCAACUUCACCUGGAAGACUUUUCCAACACUCUUGAAGGAGUUACCACAUAUGCUGAACACUUGUUGGCUGCUAUUCCUUCCCUCUGCGGUCCAACUCAUCCCAAACCAUCUCAAUUGGGUUGAGUCCGGGUGAUUGUGGAAGCCAGGUCAUCUGAUAUAGCACUCCGUUACUCUCCAUAUUGCCCAAAUAGCCCUUACACAGCCUGGUGUGUUGGGUCCUUGUCCUGUUGAAAAACAAAUGAUAGUCCCACUAAGCACAAACCAGAUGGGAUGGCGUAUCACUGCAGAAUGCUGUGGUAGCCAUGCUGGUUAAGUAUGCCUUGAAUUCUAAAUAAAUCACAGAGAGUAUCACCAGCAAAGUACCCCCCCCACACCAUCACACCUCCUCCUCCAUGCUUCAUGGUGGGAACCACACAUGCGGAGAUCAUCCGUUCACCUACUCUGCGUCUCACAAAGACACGGAGGUUGGAACCAAAAAUCUCAAUUUUGGACAAUUCAGACCAAAAGACAGAUUUUCACCGGUCUAAUGUCCACUGCUCAUGUUUUUUGGCCCAAGCAAGUCUCUUCUUCUUAUUGGUGUCCUUUAGUAGUGGCUUCUUUGCAGCAAUUCGACCACGAAGGCUUGAUUUACACAGUCUCCUCUGAACAUUUGAUGUUGAUAUGUGUAUGUUACUCUGGGCCUUUCUUUUGUGUGGCGGUCCUCAUAAGAGCCAGUUUCAUCAUAGCGCCUGAUGGUUUUUGCGACUGCAUUUGAAUAAACUUGAAAAUUUCUUGAUAUUUUCCGUAUUGACUGACCUUCAUGUCUUAAAGUAAUGAUGGACUGUCAUUUCUCUUUGCUUAUUUGAGUUGUUCUUGCCAUAAUAUGGACUUGCUAUUUUGCCAAAUAGGGCUAUCUUCUGAAUACCACCCCUACCUUGUCACAACACAACCAAUUGGCUCAAAUGCAUUAAGAAGGAAAGAAAUUCAACAAAUUAACUUUUAACAAGGCACACCUGUUAAUUGAAAUGCAUUCCAGGUGACUACCUCAUGAAGCUGGUUGAGAGAAUGCCAAGAGUGUGCAAAUCUGUCAUCAAGGCAAAUGGUGGCUACUUUGAAGAAUAUCAAAUCUAUUUUGAUUUGUUUAACACUUUUUUGGUUACUACACGAUUCCAUAUGUGGACAUCUAUAAGUACCUAGGUGUCUGGAUAGACUGCAAACUCUCCUUCCAGACUCAUAUCAAACAUCUCCAAUCGAAAAUCAAAUCAAGAGUCGACUUUCUAUUCCGCAACAAAGCCUCCUUCACUCACGCCGCCAAGCUUACCCUAGUAAAACUACCGAUCCUCGACUUCGGCGAUGUCAUCUACAAAAUGGCUUCCAACACUCUACUCAGCAAACUGGAUGCAGUCUAUCACAGUGCCAUCCGUUUUGUCACUAAAGCACCUUAUACCACCCACCAUUGCGACUUGUAUGCACUAGUCGGCUGGCCCUCGCUACAUAUUCGUCGCCAGACCCACUGGCUCCAGGUCAUCUACAAGUCUAUGCUAGGUAAAUCUCCGCCUUAUCUCAGUUCACUGGUCACGAUGGCAACACCCAUCCGUAGCACGCGUUCCAGCAGGUGUAUCUCAUUGAUCAUCCCUAAAGCCAACACCUCAUUUGGCCGCCUUUCGUUCAAGUACUCUGCUGCAUGUGACUGGAACGAAUUGCAAAAAUCGCUGAAGUUGGAGACUUUUAUCUCCCUCACCAACUUCAAACAUCAGCUAUCUGAGCAGCUAACCGAUCGCUGCAGCUGUACAUAGUCUAUUGGUAAAUAGCUCACCCAUUUUCACCUACCUCAUCCCCAUACUGUUUUAUUUAUUUACUUUUCUGCUCUUUUGCACAUCAAUAUCUCUACCUGUACAUGACCAUCUGAUCAUUUAUCACUCCAGUGUUAAUCUGCAAAAUUGUAAUUAUUCGCCUACCUCAUGCCUUUUGCACACAUUGUAUAUAGACUCCCCCUUUUUUUUCUACUGUGUUAUUGACUUGUUAAUUGUUUACUCCAUGUGUAACUCUGUGUUGUCUGUUCACACUGCUAUGCUUUAUCUUGGCCAGGUCGCAGUUGCAAAUGAGAACUUGUUCUUAAAUAAAGGUGAAAUAAAAAAAUAAAAAAUAAAAAAUAUGUGUUAUUUCAUUGUGUUGAUGUCUUCCCUGUUAUUCUACAAUUUAGAAAAUAGUAAAAUAAAGAAAAACCCUUGAAUGAGUAGGUGUGUCCAAACUUUUGACUGGUACUGUAGGUGGAUAAAUGAUUAGGAAACACAGGGUGGAGGUAUUUUACACAAUGAUGGCUUUCGUCAUUUCCCCAAAAUGGCUGCUGUUCAUUGAUUAAACUGAAUCUUUUUCUUGCCACAUUCACUAUAGUCAUUCUUGGGUAAGAUGGACGCUAUUUCCAUGUUAGAUACACAAAGAAAUGAAAAUAGAUUAUAUAUGAACACAGUUUAUGCAGCUCUGACUAGGCACCAAACAUAUUCAGUGAUCUGUUGUUAUAGAGACUGUUUUGGUUUGUCUAAAUUUGACACCAUAGGAAGCAGGGUCGCCUUCAUUAGGGCACAACGUAGCAGGAUGCUUUGCAACACAAACAUUUGGGCAGUCUCACCCUGUCUUUAGCCUGUUUUGAUCCAUUUGGUGCCCAAAGACCCAGUUGUUGUGAAACGUCACACGAUUUAUUACCUCUUUGCUCAUCAAUAAAUCGUGCUUUGUGAUUUCAUGCCUAGAGGAAACAACACACAUACAUACAUACAUACAUACAUACAUACAUACAUACAUACAUACAUACAUACAUACAUACAUACAUACAUACAUACAUACAUACAUACUACUGGAUUUUUCAAUACAAAACAUCUGUUUAGACCCAUGUUUCACAUUUGAUCACUUUAAUUAUUAAUUUCUGUUGUUGCAUGAAAAGCAAUUUUUGCACACAAACAUCAGCAACUGGAUCUGAAUGUCCGGAAAUGAGCAGAAAGUUCAAAGCAUUCCUUCCUUUAAUCCUUUUCCUCCUUGUCCCCAAUAAAAAGACAUC